UCUUAAUUAAUAUCUCUAAUCUUAAAUCUUAUAAAAAUUUUAAUCUUGCACUGAGACUCUUAAAUUAUUUGUAGUUCAGUUACAUCAUUCAAAUUCUGAAGAGUAUUAGCAUAGUCAGCCCACGCGAUUUGCCAUCUACUGUGUGAAUUAUAACACCCACACCUGGCCAAGUUGAUUGAGUGCCUCAAUCCGCAAGUGAGUUCCUGUUCCAAGCAACAGUCGUCCGGGGGAAAUCGAACAAACCGAAAAACCCUCCCUCAAUAGCAACAGGACGCGACUCCCGCAGGACCCCUUCAAUUCCCAAAAGCCGGCCGGGGAGCCAGGAAAAGGUAGCCAGGGGUAACUGUCACUGUUUGGCGUCCAGAAGUUUUAUUUACUCCUAGCGAACGUAUUAUAACAACUUUGAUAGAGUCGUGUGGAGAUCGAAAGCAAAUUCAAGCUGAGAAAAAUUCAAUGUGUGUAGUUUGUCCAGGCUUUUUAUCAAAUCAGAAUCCCUAUUGCAAGAAACUUAGUUGCUGUCCCCGGCUCGAUCCAACGUAAUGGCCGAGCUCCUGUCCCGCGAGAAGGAGCUCUUUAAGAUCAACCAAGAGCUCAAUCUGCUGUCCCUCAGCUCCGCCGCCGAUGCCAUGUACCCGGCGAAAGGAUCUCCCGUCGCCUGCGGGGUGGCGCUGCCCCGAUACUCCACCUUUCAGAAGCAGAAGGGUCCGAGCAGCCUGCUCCGGAAGAAGGGCGUCACCACCGCGCCCGCAAAGUGCUCGCCUAAAACUCCUCCUGGCAAAGAAACGGGGCCGUCGAUCCGCGGCACAGCCACGUCGCCAAUACCCGAGACGAGUCUGCAGUCCAAGUCUAAGAAGACUGGGGACUGGAAGAACGUCAAGUCCACAGCUGGACCUUCCUCCCCCACCAGCCGAACGGUGUCCAAGUUCAGCACCUUCACACGGGAUGUGAGCAGCAAGACGGCCACGUUCGUCAAGUACCGGAACCCCAACUUCAGCGAGAGCCCCUCGUUGGACGAACUGAUGCGGCACGACGCCGUGGAGAUCGCCCGGAAGCCGGAAGUCGUCGAGGUGGAGGUCACCCAGAAGCAGGAGAGCACCACCGUAGUCAAUGGUCACCUGAAGAAGCAGGUCACCAAGGACAAUUUUAUUAAAUUCCUCAAGGCCAAGGUGGCCAUUCUGGAGGAGGAUCACGCCCACCAUGCCGGCGAGCUGAGCCGCCAGAAGGAGCAGCUUGAGCUGGCUCUGGAGGCGCAGCGCAAGUCGGAGAACCAGCGCGACCAGGCGAUCAGCUCCAACAAGCACCUCUCCGAGCAACUCCUGCGAGCCGAGCGGCAGAGCGAGGACGCCAGCCGGCGGCAGAAGGAGCGGCAGCAGGAGUUCAUCGCCCAGCAGCGGGAGCUGGAGCAGCUGAAGCGGGACGCCAAGGUGUCCCGGCAGACGGCCAUGAACCUGGAGAACCGACUGUCGCGCGCCCAGGAGGAUGCGGACACGGCGCGGCUGGAGUUGAAGCAGGUGCGCGAGGAGCAGCGCGACCAGGCGGAGGAGCACCGCAAGGAGCUGAAGCAGCGGGACAGCCGGAUCCGGGCCCUGAAGCGGCAGCGGUGCGACCUCCUCAACGCUUACAAGAAGCAGUUGUACAUGAUCGACAACCUGAAGCGCCAGACCGUCUGCAUGGAGCAGUCGGCGGCCAUCGGCUUCGGCGAGAAGGAGUUCAACAAGGUGCUCGAGUGGAACGCCAAGACGUGAGCAUCCUGUCCAGCCCUCGGAUGGCAGCCUAGUUUAAGCACAACCCACCGAUGUAAAUAAUAAGAAUGUAAUUACAUUUUAUGGUCCCUCACUCGAACAAGUCCCCAA